CGUUAGGGAGGACGAAAGGCGGGCGGGCGAGCGGGCGAGCGGGCGGGCGACGCAUCGCUUCAGAGCUCGCUAUUGUCUUGCAAAGGAGAAUUCGGGAGUUUUAGUUUGGUCACUGCGAGAAAAAGCCUCGUCUCGCCUCCUCUCCUCGUCCGGCCAGACGGAGCAGAGUCGCGUAAGACGGCGAGGUGAGGCUCGGUUCGGGUUAGGGUUAGCUAACCCCGAUCGGCGCGUCUGGAGGACGGCGAACGUUGGGACCGGCGUCCGAGGGAGGCCCGGAGGAACGGAGAGGAGCGCCGAGCAUCGCAGUUCCCCGCAAGUCCCGGAGGAUUCCCUUCCUCGAUUCCGAGGCUCCAGCCGACCGCCGCCAUGGAGACCACCAAGCUCCCUCCGUCCAGCCCGUCCUCGCCCACCAGCAGCUUCUCGGUGCCGUCGGCGGAGAAGGUGGACGGCUUCCCGCGACGCUCCAUCCGCAGGACGCACCAAAGGAGGUCGCACAGCUCGUCGCGUUUCCGCUACCAGAGCUCCCUGGUGGAGCUGACGCCGCUGCCUCUUCUCAAAGACGCCUCGGCGGCCGAUUUCCACGAGCUCUUCUGCAAGAAGCUGCAGCAGUGCUGCGUGACCUUCGACUUCCUGGACUGCGUGGCCGACCUGAACGGCAAGGAGAUCAAGCGCGCGGCGCUCAACGAGCUGGUGGAGAACGUGGCCACCAGCAAAGGGGUCCUCACCGAGCAGCUCUACCCGGAGGCCGUCAAGAUGAUCUCCGUGAAUAUCUUCCGAUGUCUCCCGCCGAGCGAGAAUCCCGAGUUUGACCCCGAGGAGGACGAGCCCCCGCAGGAGGCUUCCUGGCCACAUCUUCAGCUGGUGUACGAGUUCUUCCUGCGUUUCCUGGAAAGUCCCGACUUCCGCCCCCCCGUGGCCAAACGCUACGUGGACCAGAAGUUCGUCUUUCAGCUCCUGGAACUCUUUGACAGCGAGGACCCCAGGGAGAGGGAGUACCUGAAGACCAUCUUGCACCGCGUUUACGGAAAACUCCUCGGCCUCCGAGCCUACAUCCGCAAACAGAUCAACCACAUCUUCCUCACGUUCAUCUAUGAGACCGAGCAAUUCAACGGCGUCACGGAGCUGCUGGAGAUCCUCGGCAGCAUCAUCAACGGCUUCGCCCAGCCCCUGAAGGCAGAACACAAGCAGUUCCUGGUGCGGGUUCUCAUCCCGCUGCACUCGGCCAAGUCGCUGUCCGUCUUCCACGCACCGCUGACCUACUGUAUUGUGCAGUUUAUUGAGAAAGACUCCACUUGCACUGAACAUAUCAUCAGAGGGUUGCUCAAGUACUGGCCCAUGACGUGCACACGCAAGGAGGUGAUGUUCCUGGGCGAGAUCGAGGAGAUCCUGGACGCCAUCGAGCCGUCUCAGUUCGUCCGAGUGGCCGAGCCGCUGUUCAGAAAGAUCGGCGCCUGCGUGGCCAGUCCUCACUUCCAGGUGGUGGAGCGGGCCUGUUACUUUUGGAACAACGAGUACAUCCUGAGUCUGAUCGAGGAGAACUGUCAAGUCAUCCUGCCGCUGGUCUUUUCCGACCUCUACGCCGUCUCCAAGGAGCAAUGGAACCAACCCAUCGUGUUGCUCGUCUACGACGUGCUCAAGACCUUCAUGAAAAUGGACGGCGUGCUCUUCGAACAUCUCGCGUCCUCCUACAAGGCGGAGAAGCAGAAGGACGCGAAGCGGGAGCGCGAUCACGCCGAGAUGUGGCGACGCCUGGAGAAUCACGAGGAGCGCAAGCUGCGGGAGCGGGGCCAGAAAGGGGACGAGGCGCCGCCUGAGGUCGGGGAGAGCGCCACCUAGGCCGACGUAACUAAGUCGGGAGGGAUCAGAUCGAUGGAGGUACAAAACCAAUCGAUAUUUUAUUUAUAGUCUCGUGUCAUGGAGGUGGUAGCUUUUUUUUCUCCUUUUCUUUCUCCAAGCGUACAAACUCCAAGGUCACGAUUGUACCUUCUUUGUCGGACCGAGUCACACGGGACAAUCUUUUUGUGACUCGGCUCAGUUUCGUCCGGUGGACGCUUUUUGGCCUCGUUUAAUCAAAUGUGCGUCUCACUUGCGUUCUGUUGAGACAUACGCAAAUAUUAAACCGGGAUAUCCGAUCGCACCGAACACGCACGUUGUAUACAAACACACACUGCCAUCAGUUCCUUGACCUCGCCAACGGCAGUUUCAAACAGGAUGUGGCGAUGCGAAUACUUAAGUGUGUCAUCUUCUUUUAGCAAUACUUUCACUGUAGCAAAUGGUUAGUCACACAUUGAAUAUUGUUCACAUGGUCUUAAAAAGGUACUUCACUUGUAAAUGAUUUUUUUCCCUCUUUUUUUGUUGUGAAUAGACUGAAUUCUAUUUAUUUUGUACUCACUGAGUAAAUACACAUUCAUGAACAUAUGUGUGUGUGUGUGUGACAGGGUUUACAUUUGAAUGUAUAGUGAAACAAAUCGAUUGUCUUUUUUUGAUUGUUUUAACGAUCUACCUGUCGGCUAAGGCCUCCAUAAUUCAAUUUAGACAGUGCAAAAAAAAAAAAAAGAUCCAGCCAGAAAGCAGGGGAUAUUUGAUUGAUGCUGCUGAUUGUCCGUUUUAAACCCCAAAUAAUGUGUUUCGUUGUUUGUGUUGCCAAAUCAGUCUUAACAUAUGCAGCCUUUUUUUUUAUAUAUGCUUUAUUAGAUUUUGUAUUUUUUUUUCCCCCAAAGCCAUUCCCAAUGCAUUAUACGUAGCAAUUUCACUCAACGUGUUUGUUGUCUCCGAGAAGAAAAAGCUGGAAGAGAUGUUUGUUUUGGGUGUGGGACGGGUGAAGCUGAAUGUAGAAAGCUUCCUGUAAGUAACAUGACAUUACACUUCACUUGGACAAAACAA